ACCGCUGGGCUAGUCAUUCAUGUGUUUGGGCCAUCCUUGUCUUCACUAUUCAGGUCCGAAAGAACUGAAGAAUCAGUGAAACACCCCACCCCCACAACUCAAGGACCCAAUAAUUUCUGUGUAUCAGGUUGCUUGUUUCAGCUUUGUUUUGAUUUGAUUUUUCGUUUUCACUUACUGUUUUUUGGGUUUUUUGACUUCCGAUUGUUCUCGUUUCUUGAAUAAAACCAACCCCACACCCUCCAAUGAUUUCAGACAAAAAUGUGGCCAACGCCGUUGGUAGCAAAAUGACUAGAGCCUGUGAUAGUUGUAUAAGAAAGCAGGCUAGAUGGUAUUGUGCUGCCGAUGACGCAUUUCUUUGCCAAGCCUGUAACUCCUCAGUACACUCCGCUAAUCCUUUGGCUCGUAGACAUGAAAGGGUUCGCUUAAAGACUGCUUCUCUAAAGUAUUUGGACCUAGUUUCAAAGGAGAAUUGUGUGCCAUCAUGGCACCGAGGGUUCACAAGAAAGGCCAGGACACCGCGAUAUGGAAAGCCUGCAUCUCGUUCAAAAUUCGAACAAAAAUUAAGGAAUACCAUUCCGCUUGUGCCUGAAGUAGGCUCAGAUGAGAUAUGUCAUGAAGAGAACGAAGAGGAGCGGCUUCUGUACAGGGUUCCAAUCUUCGACCCAUUUGUUGCUCAGUUAUGCACUCCAAUAACGAUCUCAAGUAAUAAUGAAGCAGAAACGACUACUGCUGCUGGUAAUGAUUCUGAACGCACAGUUGCUGACGGUAAUGGAAUCGAAUCGAAGGCUUCAUUUGGUACCGGAGGACAGGAUGUUGAGAGCCUACAUGGAUUUCUCCCAUCCGAUAUGGAUCUUGCAGAGUUUGAUGCGGAUGUGGAGAGCUUGCUCGGUAGGGGUCUUGAAAAUGAUUCUUUUGGGAUGGAGGAGAUGGGGCUUGCGGAUUGUAAGGAAGAGGAGCUGCAGAGGGAUUAUUAUGUUGGAAGGGGAAAGGUGAAGCUUGAAGAAGAAGAGGAAGCGGCAGAAAAGGAAAAAGAAGCUGUAAGGGACGGCCAUGUCGAUACUGAGAUUGAAAUGGCAAGAGAACCGCCUUUUGAGUUGAGCUUUAACUACGAUUCUGCAACAUGUGGAGAGGAAGAUGAGAAAGUAGGGACUGGAGAUAGAGACUUAAUUAAGAACAACGAAGAAUAUGAAGAUGAUGGUGAAAACUUGAAGAAAAAGAAGAAGAGAAAGAUACUAUUACGGUUAGAUUAUGAGGCAGUUAUAACAGCUUGGGCAAGCAAAGGGUCUCCUUGGACCACCGGCAACAGGCCGGACGUCGACAGCGACGAAUGUUGGCAGGAGUACUGCAUGGGAAUUUGUGGAGCCAAGCUUCAUCACCAUGGUUAUGGAGAUCAUACAAGUGGUGUAGGGGUACAGCACCCGGCAAUGGCAGAUGGAGGGCGAGAAGCACGAGUGUCGAGGUACAGAGAGAAGCGGAGAACAAGGUUGUUCUCCAAGAAAAUAAGAUACGAGGUGAGGAAAUUGAAUGCAGAAAAAAGGCCCAGAAUGAAAGGGAGAUUUGUGAAGAGGGCAAGUUUUGCAGGUCUUGUUUUUCCUCUACACACCAUAUGAGGAGUACUGCUCAUUACAACUAAUUUGCUUGUACAGAGUAGGAAAUUACAGGAAUCAAAAUAAUGUAUCAGUUAGGCCUUUAAAUUAAGGUCUGUGAAAUAAGUGAAUAAAUUAAAAAAAAUUUUGAGCUUC